AGACAAAAAAUAUUGAAAUUGACAUCUAAUUUUCCAUGAAAACCGUGUGCAAACAUUGAAAAGCGAAGAGUUAAUCUUAUGAAUUUCGAAUAAGAAUAUGCGUAUAUAAAGUAUAGAACAAAGCAAUCAUGGAAUUUAAAGUUAAAACCGAGAAAAACGAUAAUAUCGCACCAAACGUAGCUGUAAACGCGGUGUUACAACCUAGUCAAGAACUGCCUACCGAAACGCCUAUAGUAGCUGGUUACAACUGGGAAAAUGGCACGGAUUAUAAUAAAAUACUUGAAUCGUACACCCAAUCUGGGUUCCAAGCUACCAAUUUCGGAAAAGCGGUCGUUGAAAUCAAUAAUAUGCUGAAAUGUCGAUCCGUACCUCUUACAGAAGAAACUAGCGAUCCUUAUGAAGAAGAUGUCUGUAUAAAAAAGAAAACCAACUGUACCCUAUUCUUAGGGUACACUUCUAACAUGAUUUCGUCAGGUUUGAGGGAUACUAUACGAUUUUUAGUCAAAAACAAGCUUGUAGACUGCAUAGUGACCACUGCAGGCGGUGUAGAAGAAGAUCUAAUCAAAUGCCUCGCUCCAACUUACAUAGGUGAUUUCAAUUUAAGCGGGAAAGUGUUGAGAACGCGCGGGAUCAACCGCAUCGGAAACCUAUUAGUACCAAAUGAUAAUUACUGCCAAUUUGAAGAGUGGGUCACUCCACUACUCAACGAAAUGUUGGAUGAGCAAAUACGGGAUGGCAUUGUGUGGAGUCCAUCAAGAUUAAUACAGCGAUUAGGUGAGAGAAUUCAAGAUGAAAGCUCAGUUUGUUACUGGGCGGCGAGAAACAAUAUUCCGAUAUUCAGUCCUGCAUUAACGGACGGAUCUUUGGGGGAUAUGAUGUAUUUCCAUUCUUAUAAGCGUCCAGGACUAGUCAUUGAUAUAUUAAGUGAUCUGAGGAGACUAAACACUAUGGCGGUUAAGGCAAACAAUACGGGAAUGAUAAUAUUAGGUGGAGGUGUGAUAAAACAUCACAUUUGCAAUGCCAACCUUAUGAGGAAUGGGGCAGAUUACUCUGUAUAUAUUAACACAGCUAGCGAGUUUGAUGGAAGUGAUGCUGGGGCUAGACCUGAUGAGGCGGUUUCUUGGGGCAAGAUCAGGCCUAACGCCAAUCCAGUGAAACUGUAUUCUGAUGCUACUUUAGUUUUUCCGUUGAUUGUUGCACAGACAUUUGCUAAAUACUAUUUUAGUAAUAAAAAGAAUGUUUAAAAUGGCA